UCCAGCGCACAUCUCGCCCGCUUCUGCUGAGGAGAAAAGAAGCACGCGCUGAAUGAAUGAACGCAGACCGAAUGACAUUCCCAGCACCGGUUCGCGGGGUUUCACAGUGCAGCGUGGAGAAGAUGAAUUGAUGGUGUUUUCUGACUGACAGAGGUGCAGAUGGGCUUCAGCAUGACUUGCCUCUGGAUUUUAACUUUGGCCAUCAGUGUUCACAGAGUGUUCAGCGGCCCGCGGUUUUCUCAGGAGCCGGCGGAUCAGUCUGUGGUGGUCGGGGAGAGAGUAGUUUUGUCCUGCGUGGUGUUUAACUACACCGGCAUUGUACAAUGGACCAAAGAUGGGCUUGCUCUUGGCAUCGGAGAAGAUCUGAGAGCAUGGCCACGGUACCGUGUUUUGCGUAUUUUGGAUGUUGGGCAGUAUAACCUAGAGAUCACAUCAGCAGACCUGACCGAUGACUCACUGUACGAGUGUCAGGCCACUGAAGCCGCUCUGAGGUCCAGAAGAGCUAAACUCACUGUUCUGAUUCCUCCUGAAGGUCCUGUUAUCGAGGGCUCUCCAGAGAUCCUGCUGACAGCAGGAACCUCAUAUAACCUCACCUGUGUGUCUCGAGGAGCAAAGCCACUGUCAACGAUAGAAUGGUACAAAGAUGGGAUCAUAGUGGAGGGAGCCCAUACCAGCACUGAGGUGUUAGCGGACAGGAAGAGGGUGACCACAAAGAGUUUUCUGGAGAUCCAGCCAGUGGACACAGACACAGGACGAAAUUUCACCUGUGUGGCCUCAAACCUGGCCGCCCCGCUGGGAAAGAGGGCCACUGUUACUCUCAACAUCCACCAUCCUCCUACAGUCAUCCUGUCUAUAGAACCUCGCUCAGUUCUAGAAGGAGAGCGAGUUCAAUUUACCUGCCAGGCCACUGCCAACCCUCCCAUUAUGGGCUACAGGUGGGCUAAAGGGGGCGUGAUUCUGGACGGAGCGAGAGAAAGUGUGUUUGAGACGACAGCAGAUCACUCGUUCUUCACUGAGCCUGUGUCCUGCCUGGUCUUUAAUGCGGUGGGCAGCACUAACGUCAGUAUUUUGGUGGACGUUCACUUUGGUCCAAUUUUGGUGGUGGAGCCGAGACCUGUAACAGUGGACGUUGACUCUGAUGUCACACUCAACUGUAAAUGGUCAGGAAAUCCUCCGCUCACCCUCACAUGGACCAAGAAGGGCUCCAGUAUGGUCCUCAGUAAUAGUAAUCAGUUAUUCCUGAAGUCUGUGAGUCAGGCAGAUGCAGGACAGUAUGUGUGUAAAGCCAUCGUUCCCAGAAUUGGUGUUGGAGAAACAGAAGUCACUCUUACAGUCAAUGGUCCUCCAAUCAUCUCGAGUGAGCCGAUCCAGUAUGCCGUGAGAGGAGAGAAGGGGGAAAUCAAGUGCUACAUAGCCAGCACCCCUCCGCCGGACAAAAUCGUUUGGGCCUGGAAGGAGAACGUGUGGGAAAAAGAGAGAGGAACGCUGUUGGAGAGGUACACAGUGGAGCAGAGCCGACCUGCGUCACAAGGGGGCGCCGUUCUGUCCACGCUCACCAUCAAUAAUGUCAUGGAGUCUGACUUCCAGUCCACCUACAACUGCACGGCAUGGAACGCCUUUGGACCAGGAACCAUGAUCAUCACUCUGGAGGAGACAGAUAUAGUGCCUGUAGGUGUGAUAGCAGGUGGAUCUGUUGGAUCUUCCAUUUUGCUUCUGCUCCUCCUGUUUGCUCUGAUAUUCUAUCUGUAUCGACAGCGCAAAGGCAGUCGUCGUGGAGUCACGUUGAAGCCAGACAUUAAGGUGGAAACGGUCAACAAGGAAACUCACAGUCUUGAGGAAGAGGCUGCCGGCGCCUCCACAGCUACACGAAUGGUAAAGGCUAUGUAUUCUUUUCUUCCCUCUGUCUCCCUCUCUCCCUCCACCCAGCCCUUCAAAGAUGACAUGGACCUGAAGCAGGACCUCCAGAGCGACACGGUGGAGCCCAAGGUGGAGGAGUAUGAGCCCAAGGACCCCACCAACGGCUACUACAAUGUUCGAGCUACGACACAUGACGAGGUCCGCACCUCUACCCGCUCCCUGCUGUACCAGGAAUUUCGGCCACCGAAUCCCGCUUCAGUUUCGGCAACAGCCGGCGGCCCAGUGGCCAACAUUCACCCGGCACCCACAGGCCGCUACGAGCCCCGGCCUGCUUCCCGAAUGGCUCACAACACAUACGCCCAUUUUAACACCAUUGCCAGGGCAUCGCAAAUCCAAGCCCCACCCAAGCCUGUCUCCAAGCCCACAGACUAUUCUGGAGAACGUGGCUUGCUGGAAUCAACCAAUCCGCUGGCUUUUGACAGCUACGCUUAUUCAACGACACCUCAAUACAGGUUAGGCUUCGCCCCACCUUUGGAGGCAGGACCAGCCUAUGAAAUGUAUCCUACGGGACAAGGGGUGGGGACGAGUCAAGAUGCUAAUGCGGGAAAAUACCCCAGCUCUGCCCAAUUUCCAUAUUCAACCCCGCCCACAGAAUACUCUCAGAGACACACGCAGAGAAUGCAGACUCAUGUGUGAAACAGACACACUUGCCAACAAAAAACCACUUCCGUGGAUGAAAAUAUAUGGUACACGUUCAUUUUUACACACUCUUACAGUCUGAAACUUUCUCUCCAACACAACUAUAUGCAAACACACACACACACAUUGUGUUUUCUACCUUUACAACAAUAUGAUUGAGAGAAAAAAAGUGCCAAAUUAAUAAAUGACUGCAGCAGAAGAGGAAAUCACAAGAGGUCACAGCGAUGAGUGGAGAGAAAGCAUGUAAACCUUAUCAUCUUUCCCUCUUCUUUCCUAAUUUGAAGAAGAUGGGUUGAUGUGGUAAAACCAAUCCUCUAAAAUCUCUGCACCUAAAUGAGACACUGCAAAGCAGCCAUUGGACGGGUUUCUCCAUGUGAAUUGUAUUGGCUGAAAGAAUGGCCAAUAGAAGGCUGGAGGGCAGCAGAAGCCAUCAACUAUUGGAUGUAAAGCCCAGUGAAAGCCUGAUCGCUAUGCACUGGAGUUUACACUGGACCUGUUUAGAUCUGUCCCAUCAAUCAACCUAAUAAAAUAUGAUGCGUUUUAAAUUAUGGGAAUUGUGGGUGGGCUCACACUGAUUGUAUAAUCCACAAUGUGAUAUUGCAGAACAAGUCAGCGAGUUGAAGAAUACUGCAGGUGCCGACAAUCGCUUGUGAAAUAACUCACCGUACGGCCCGCUCACAUCACCACUGCUCACACUGCCCGAGCUCCUCGUAGGAAUAGCUGUCCGCUGCCAGUUUGAACUCUUCUGAUAGGACGGCGACGUGAGUAUCUGGGUAAACGCCACCAGUGCUUUUAACUCUGAAAGCUGGAGUUUAUGUAACAUUUUAGGAUUUUUUUUUACAAAUGGAUGCUACUCACAGAGUGUCAAAGUGAGCUUACGGACUCUUCUCUGAACACACGCUCUGCCUCCUUCCAAGACAACCUCAUGAGUAUUUGACGCUUUGUGUUUCUAUGUGUGUGUGAGAGUGUGUGCUUGCUGAUGUGGAGGAAAUAACUGAAUGUGAUCAAUCUCUUUCUCUGAAGUGUCCAUGUAUUUGUCCUUCACACUUACAAAGUAGAGUAGAGUGCUUUUCCAUAUUUGUAUCUGAACUAAAUUGCAUUUGAAAGCGCUUUUAUAGUAUUUUUCUAAGAUGGAGGUAAGGGGUCAGAGAUUCAAUGGUUUUUGGUAUAAGCAAUGUAAAGGAGAAAAUUGUUUUAAAACAUUUUUUUAUGUUCAUGAUUUAUACAUUUGUCUAAAUUCUGUAAAGGGAUGUUGAAUCAGAUCAUA